UGCGCCGUGGUCACUCCGCACACUCCGUCGCUCCGGAUUCUCCCCCAGAGGUCAUCAGAGCUCCAGUCCCCCGCGCACUCCGGACCCUCUGUCCCCGCUCACACGCCGCUCACACACAGUUUUUGUCCCAGGCCCGAGCAGCAGCAGCAGCAGCAGCAGCAUCAUGCGCGCCCUGCCCCUCCUGCUCCUCUUCCUCCUGGCCCUCCCAGUCUCCAGGGGGCGCUACAACGACGACUUCGACGACGGGGAGGACCUGGCCGACUUCGACGACAACGACUUCGCCGAGUUCGAGGAGCUGAGCGAAGAUUCCGUGACGGAGAACGAAGACUCCGCCCCGCCGCGAUACACGGCCCCCUCCGCCGCCGACGAAGACGAGGACGACGAGGCCACGGUGGAGCUGGAGGAGGGACAGGACGGGUUUGACGAUCCAGAGACGCAGGACCAGGACCUGUACAGUAAAUACGACCAGGAGGAGUUUGAGGGAAUCGGGGACAUGGAGAAAACCAGUCACUCCAUGAGGGACCCUCUCAUCAUCCACACGGUGCCCGCUCACCUGCAGAACAGCUGGGAGAGUUACUACAUGGAGAUCCUGAUGGUGACUGGACUUCUGGCCUACAUCAUGAACUACAUCAUCGGGAAGAACAAGAACAGCCGUCUGGCCCACGCCUGGUUCAACUCCCACCGCGAGCUGCUCGAGAGCAACUUCGCGCUCGUCGGAGACGAUGGGACGAGUAAAGAGGCCGUGAGCACCGGGACCCUGAACCAGGAGAACGAGCACAUCUACAACCUGUGGUGCUCAGGACGAGUCUGCUGUGAGGGCAUGCUCAUACAGCUCAAGUUCCUGAAGAGGCAGGACCUGCUCAACGUCCUCGCCAGAAUGAUGAGGCCCGCCUGCGACCAAGUGCAAAUCAAAGUGACGCUGAACGAUGAGGACAUGGACACGUUUGUUUUCGCCGUGGGGACGAAGAAGGCGAUGGCGCGACUGCAGAAGGAGAUGCAGGACCUGAGUGAGUUCUGCGGAGACAAGCCCAAGUCCGGGGCCAAGUUCGGACUUCCUGAGUCUCUGGCCAUCCUCAGUGAGAUGGGAGAGGUGACGGACGGAGUGAUGGACAACAAGAUGGUGCAUUAUAUCACCAAUCACGCUGAUAAAAUCGAGUCCAUCCAUUUUUCGGACCAAUUUUCUGGUCCAAAACUUAUGCAAGAGGAGGGUCAGCCGCUGAAGCUGCCGGAGACCAAGAAGACACUUCUGUUUACAUUUAACGUGCCUGGGAUGGGCCACACUUCCCCCAAAGACAUGGACGCUCUGCUGCCUCUGAUGAACAUGGUGAUCUACAGCAUCGACAAAGUCAAGAAACUGCGCCUCAACAGAGAGGGGAAGCAGAAGGCCGACCGUAACCGCGCUCGCGUCGAGGAAAACUUCCUCAAACAGACUCACGCUCAGAGACAGGAAGCAGCUCAGAGCCGCCGCGAGGAGAAGAAGAGAGCGGAGAAAGAGCGGAUCAUGAACGAGGAGGAUCCCGAGAGACAGCGCCGCCUGGAGGAGGCUGCGCAGCGUCGCGAGCAGAAGAAGAUGGAGAAGAAGCAGAUGAAGAUGAAGCAGAUCAAAGUCAAAGCCAUGUGAACUCUGACCUCAGACAGGAAACAGGAAGUGCUCUGCUCAGACCGCCGCCGCCACCGCCGCUGCCCCCCUCCCCGCUGUCCUCCACGCGCCGCCACAAAAACACCGAGAACACGCCACGACAAACGCCACGACAAACGCCACGACAAACGCCACGACAAACGCCACGACAAACGCCACGACAAACGCCACGACAAACGCCACGACAAACGCCACGACAAACGCCACGACAAACGCUGAGAAAACGCC